AUGGAUUUCGAUAAAAUGUUAAUAGACUUUGGUGAAUAUGGCUUGUACCAAAAACGGUUAAUCUGGUUGGUCGUUUUACCGUGUGUUUUGCCAUGUGGAUUUCAUGCUUAUAAUCAACUAUUCAUGGCUUCCAUUCCCGAACAUUGGUGUAAAGAUGAAGAACAUAUUAAUCAUACAUCUAAAAUUAAUCAGUGUUUGGAUUCAAUGAAUAACACGUGCAAAUACUGGGAUUAUGAUCACAGUCGAUAUUUAUCUACAAUUGUGACUGAAUGGGAUUUAGUAUGUUCAAAACAGUUUUAUCCAACUUUUGCCUUAACAAUAUUUGGUCUUAGUGGUUUAUUUGGUAUGUUGCUAUUUGGAUUUAUUCAAGAUGGACUUGGGAGACGACCAGCGUUUUUCAUUUAUCUAUUUAUCGAGUGUAUAUUUGGUAUAGCUACUGCAUUUGCCAAUGAUUUUUGGACGUGGUUAAUCUUCAGAAUCGGAGUAGGAUUUACUGUACCAGCAAUUUUAGCAACUCCUAAUGUGCUCCCUAUAGAAUUUGUUGGCCCAGCUCAUCGGACUACAUGCAUUCUACUUACCAACAUUGCUCAUUCUAUAGGUAUGGUUAUUCUAUCAUUAGUCUUGUAUGCUUUUCGCGAUUGGCGUCAACUUGCUUUAGCUACAUCUUUACCAUUUACUGUUUAUUUCCUUUACUGGUGGAGUUUCCCUGAAUCCCCAAGAUGGCUUUUGGCAUGUGGAAAGUUUGAAAAAGCCAAAUCAAUUUUAUUAAAAAUGGCAAAAGUAAAUGGAAAAGAUAUUUCUUUGCAUUAUAUGGACCAAUUAAAGAUUAAGUACGAAGAGGAGUUUAAUAAUCAAAAAAGUAAAACAAUCAAGAAAUAUAACGUAUUUCAUCUAUUCAGGACACCGAAUUUACGUUUGAAAACGAUAGCAAUAACUUUUAUAUGGUUUGUUAACACUACUGUUUAUGUUGGACUUUCUUAUUAUGCACCAGCUCUAAGUUCUGAUGAACAUUUAAACUUUUUUUUGGCCGGAGCUGUCGAAUUACCCACAUAUAUAGUACUAUGGCCUGCAAUGGCAAAAUUUGGCAGAAAAAGUUUACUGCAUAUCAGUAUGUUGGUUGGAGGGUGUGCUUGUUUAGCUGCUACGUUUCCCAUUCUAGAUGAUCAGUGGACCUUAAUAAUGUUUUGUAUCGGAAAAAUGGGAAUUUCGUCGUCUUAUGUUAUUCUUUCUUUAUUUGCUCCAGAAUUAUAUCCAACUGUAGUUAGAGGUUUGGGAAUAAGCGUUAGUUCAGUAGCUGGUAUGAUCGGACCUGUUGGACUUCCUGUCAUUAAUUAUGUGGGAAUGGGCUCUCAAUUAUCACUCAUUGUAAUGGGCGUCUUGCAAAUAAUUGGUGCUUUUGUUACACUUAUUUUACCAGAAACGAAAAAUUGUCAUUUGCCACAAACAUUGGAUGACGGAGAAGAGUACAAGUGA